AUGCUGUUGCCCAAGAACGGCGUGUCCUGGAAGGCGGCACAGGCCAGGCUGCCGCCGACCAGAGCCAUCUGGACUUUUCUCACGCGCACCCGCUUCCUGUUGGUCGUGGCCAUAGUCGGCCUCGUCAUCUUGUUAUGGAGGGGCGUCACAGGCACCGCCGAAGACCUGCAANAAACCCCCGUCAUCUUCAACCACCAUGCUCCCGUCGAGAUCAACCACACCACCAUCAACAGCGUCGACCUCAACCCCAUAAAGAGCACGAGACAGGCCAUUGACAACAAGGAGCGCGUUCUCCUGCUUACUCCCCUGCGCGACGCCGCUCCCUACAUCAACGACUACUUCGAUCUCAUCUCGCAAUUGACCUACCCCCACGAACUCAUCGAUCUCGCGUUCCUCGUCGGCGACAGCACCGAUGACACCCUCGCCGUCCUCGCCAAAGAACUCGAGCGCAUCCAGAGUCGCCCCGACUCGAUUCCCUUCCGCAGCGCCACCGUCGUUCAGAAAGAUUUCGGUGUUCAUUUGAGCCAGAGCGUCGAGGACAGACACGGUUUCGCUGCUCAGGGUCCUCGCAGAAAGGCCAUGGGCAAGGCUAGAAAUUACCUUCUUAGCGCUGCCAUGAAGCCUGAGCACAGUUGGGUCUACUGGCGCGACGUCGACAUCAAGGACAGCCCUUCCAAGAUCAUCGAGGACUUUAUCGCUCACGACCGCGAUGUUCUUNACGUCUGGUUCCAUCGUUACGAGAACGGUCGCGACAUUGAAGGAAGAUUCGACUACAACUCAUGGCAAGAAUCCGAAAAGGGCCUCAAGCUAGCCGCCACUCUCUCCAAGGACACCGUCCUGGCAGAAGAGUACGACACCGGCCGCACUUACAUGGCCAAAAUGGGCGACUGGCGCGAAGACAAGGACGUCGAGAUCCCGCUCGAUGGCAUCGGCGGCGUCAAUAUUCUCGUCAAGGCAGACGUCCAUCGCUCCGGCAUCAACUUCCCGUCCUACCCCUUCGAGAACCAAGCCGAGACUGAAGGAUUUGCCAAGAUGGCCAAGCGUGCAGGCUACGGCGUGUAUGGGCUGCCGAAUUAUAUCGUGUGGCAUAUUGAUACAGACGAGAAGCCUGGAAACGCAUAG